AUGGGGCGGCCUGGGAGCCCUGCCCGGCUGCUGGCACCGUACGUCUCUGCCACUGCUUUGCCCGGGAAGGAAGAUUUGCAGGAGGGAAAUAACCACCCUCAAUCUGUUUUGCCCACAGACAAUGGCGAAGUCACCGUCCUGCAGGCAGGAAGGCACGAGUUCCCCUUCACCUUCCAGCUCCCCGAGAGCCUGGCGACCUCCUUCGAGGGGAAGCACGGCAGCGUGCGCUACUGGGUGAAGGCCAAGCUGCGCAGGCCCUGGGCCCCGGUGAAGAAGGUGAAGAAGGAGUUCACCGUCAUCGAGCCCAUCGACAUCAACACGCCCGCGCUCCUGGCCCCCCAGGCAGGUGCUAAGGAGAAACUUGCUCGUGCCUGGUACUGCAACCGUGGCCAGGUGUCUGUGACUGCCAAGAUUGACCGAAAAGGCUACACCCCAGGUGAGGUCAUCCCCAUCUUUGCUGAGAUCGACAACGGCACGAGCCGGGCGGUGCUGCCCAAGGUGGCCAUUGUCCAGACUCAGACCUUCAUCGCUCGGGGCACCAAGAAGCAGAAGAGGUCGGUGGUGACCAGCAUUGCUGGGGACCCCGUGGCCGCGGGGAAGCGGGAAGUCUGGCACGGGAGGGCGCUGAAGAUCCCGCCGGUGGGUCCCUCCAUCCUCCAGUGCCGCAUCAUCCAGGUGGAAUAUUCCCUGAAGGUUUGUGUGGAUAUUCCUGGGACAUCCAAGCUUCUCCUUGAACUGCCUCUUGUCAUCGGAACCAUCCCCCUGCAUCCGUUCGGGAGCCGCACGUCCAGCGUCAGCAGCCAGUUCAGCAUCAACCUGGACUGGCUGAGCCCCAUCCCGGAGCAGCUGGAGGCUCCCCCUGAAUACUCAGCAGUCGUGUCCAGCCCAGAGGCUGAGCACACCCUGGCUCCUCCGUGCCGCAGCCAACUCGGAGACAUCCUGGAAGGUCCCUUCUUUGCCUACAUCCAGGAAUUCCGCUUUCGGCCACCUCCGCUGUACUCGGAGAUCGACCCCAACCCUCCCUCGGGCAGCAUCCGCCCGCGCUGCAUGACGUGCUGA